AAAUCCUAUGUUAUUCAUGAUUCUCAAAAGAUGAUGUGGGUCCUGAGUGGAAAUUCUUUAAUAGCACCUCCUCUUAACAGAAGUGUUAAGCCUGUCACUCUUGAUUUAAUAGCCUGUAGAGACACAGAAUUUGGUGAUGAGAAAAAGGGUAAUGUAGUUUACCUGGGAAUCAAGGGAAAAGAGCUCUGUCUCUUCUGUGCAGAAAUUCAGGGCAAGCCUAAUUUGCAGCUUAAGGAGAAAAAUAUCAUGGACCUAUACAUGGAGAACAAAGUAGAGAAGCCCUUUCUCUUUUUCCACAAUAAAGAAGGCUCCACCUCUCUAUUUCAGUUAGUCUCUUACCCUGGCUGGUUCAUAGCCCCCUCCUCCACAUCAGGACAGCCCAUCAUUCUAACCCAGGAGAGGAACAAAACUAAUAACACUAACUUCUACUUAUAUUCUGUGAAUUAA